AUGGCAAUGCCAUUGAACUUACCUAAAUGGCUCGAGAAGAACUCUCAUCUACUGAAGCCUCCCGUUAACAAUCAUUGUGUCUACCACCCGUCUUCGCCCGGAACUUCCGGCCUGACCGUGAUGGUUGUGGGAGGACCCAAUGCCCGCACUGACUAUCAUAUCAACAGCACACCAGAAUUCUUCUACCAGCACCGAGGAUCCAUGCUUCUCAAGACAGUCGACACGUCCACCACGCCUCAUACGUUCAAUGACAUAGCCAUACAUGAGAACUCGCUGUAUUUACUGCCGGCAAAUACGCCGCACAACCCCGUACGCUUCGCAGAUACCGUGGGGAUAGUUCUGGAACAACCAAGGCCGAAGAACUCCCUUGACACAUUGAGAUGGUAUUGCAUAGACUGCAGGAGCAUCGUACACGAAGCCAGCUUCCAUUGUACCGACCUGGGCACGCAGGUCAAGGAUGGUGUUAUAGCGUUUGAGAAUGACAUGGAGGCCAGGACCUGUAAAACAUGUGGCACCGUCGCAAAUCCACGACCUUCAGAAGGAGAAAUCGAGCAACCACCUCGUUUUCCACCUGAUUAA